GCACCCAAUUCAUCUUUGUGUCUCUCCUUAACACAUCUCUCUCUCUCUCUCUCUCUGUGCAUUUCUGAGGAAACCUUUUUCUGUAUUCUGACACUUCAAAGUCAUGUUGCCAAGAAGUCGAACUCUUCCGAGCAGGAUUCACAAUGGAGUUGUAGAAGAGAGACAUGAUAUCAGGCACUACUUGCAAGUUGAAGUCCAGCCUAAAGCUAGUGAGGCUGAAGCAAUAAACCCGCAAUCCAACUACUCCAAGUGCUUCGAUGAUGAUGGUCGCUUGAAGAGAACAGGAACUUUUUGGACGGCGACAUCGCAUAUUAUCACCGCGGUCAUAGGGUCAGGAGUCCUUUCCUUGGCAUGGGCUGUGGCUCAGCUUGGUUGGGUUACAGGUCCUAUUGUCAUGUUACUCUUUGCCUUUGUCAAUCUCUACACUUCCAACCUCCUAGCCCAGUGCUACAGGACCGGUGAUCGCGUUACCGGUCAGAGAAACUACACCUACAUGGAAGCGGUCAAGGCCAACUUGGGGGGGAAAAGGACCAUGCUAUGCGGGUUAAUCCAAUACUUAAAUUUGUUUGGAGUUGCAAUUGGAUACACAAUUGCUGCAUCUGUCAGCAUGAUGGCAAUAAAGAGAUCAAACUGUUUCCACAAAAGUGGUGGGAAAGAUCCGUGCCACAUGUCGAGCAACGGGUACAUGAUAACAUUUGGAAUCUCGGAGAUCAUAUUUUCUCAGAUCCAAGAUUUCAGUCAAGUAUGGUGGCUCUCCAUAGUUGCAGCUAUUAUGUCCUUCACAUACUCCACUGUUGGUCUUGGCCUUGGCAUAGGCAAAGUUGCAGUAAAUGGAAAGGUUAAAGGAAGCUUACUGGGUAUUAGCAUAGGGACAGUAACUCGUGCUGGAACAGUCACUGCCACACAGAAGAUGUGGAGGAGUCUACAAGCUCUUGGAGCUAUCGCCUUCGCGUACUCUUUCUCCUUGGUUCUAAUUGAAAUUCAGGACACGAUAAGAUCUCCACCUGCAGAACACAAGACCAUGAAGAAGGCCACUGUACUCAGUGUAACAGUCACAACAGUGUUCUACAUGCUCUGUGGCAGUUUUGGCUAUGCCGCUUUCGGUGAUGAGUCCCCGGGAAAUCUCUUGACCGGAUUCGGAUUCUACAACCCCUAUUGGCUACUUGACAUUGCUAAUGUUGCCAUUGUUGUCCACCUUGUUGGUGCAUAUCAGGUCUUUUGCCAGCCACUGUUUGCCUUUGUGGAGAAAUGGAGUGCUCAGAAAUGGCCAAAGAGCGACUUUGUGACGGCGGAGUACGACAUACCAAUCCCCUUCUACGGAGUAUACCAAGUCAACUUUUUCCGCUUGGUUUGGAGGACCAUAUUUGUCAUGUUGACCACUGUUAUUGCCAUGCUCAUGCCCUUCUUCAAUGAUGUUGUUGGAAUACUUGGAGCCUUUGGAUUCUGGCCUCUGACAGUUUAUUUUCCUGUUGAGAUGUACAUUGCUCAGAAGAAGAUUGGGCGUUGGACUGGAAGAUGGCUUGGCCUUCAGAUACUCAGUGUGACUUGUCUUUUUGUCUCUAUAGCAGCUGCUGUUGGCUCUUUUGCUGGGGUGGUUCUUGAUCUCAAGACUUACAAGCCUUUUAAAACUAGUUAUUGAGAUUAGGAUUGCAGGUUCUUAUCUACCACAGAUAUUUAUUUUUUAAGUACUAAUUCAGUAUCUGUUAUAUUGUCAGAACUCAGAAGUGAGUUAGAAAAGAAAAAAAAUGUGGACAUUUGAGUGGAGUUUUUAUUAAGAAAUAAUAUGUAUGUAUCUUUUACUCUUUUUAGCUCCCAAAAAAGGUUGUUAUCUUUUAACCAUCAUUAAAUAUUUGAGUUCUAAGCUUUUCUUUUCA